AUGGUGCAAAUCAGCGAGGUCAAGGGAGGUUCGCGCGAGAACAGAACGAUGGCGCAUACACAUAUCAAAGGCCUAGGUCUGCAUCCUGAUGGUACCGCUGAAAGCUCUGCAGAUGGUUGGGUUGGCCAGACAACUGCCAGAGAGGCAUGCGGCGUUGUGGUAGACCUGAUCAAAGCAAAAAAGAUGGCUGGCCGAGCAGUUCUCCUCGCUGGUGGCCCAGGUACUGGAAAGACUGCCCUAGCUUUGGCUGUUUCGCAAGAGCUGGGCACGAAAGUGCCUUUCUGUCCUAUCGUCGGAAGCGAAUUGUACUCUGCAGAGGUUAAAAAGACAGAAGCGCUCAUGGAGAACUUCCGAAGGGCUAUCGGCCUGCGAGUUCGGGAAACCAAGGAAGUCUACGAGGGUGAAGUGACGGAACUUACCCCAGAAGAAGCCGAGAAUCCCUUGGGUGGUUAUGGAAAGACCAUCAGCCACCUCAUUAUUGGUCUCAAGUCGUACAAAGGCACCAAAAAGCUCCGCCUGGACCCCAGCAUUUACGAAGCUAUCCAAAAAGAACGCGUGACCGUCGGCGACGUUAUCUAUAUUGAAGCAAAUACCGGUGCAUGCAAACGAGUAGGACGUUCAGAUGCUUAUGCCACAGAGUUCGAUCUCGAAGCAGAAGAAUACGUUCCAGUUCCCAAGGGAGAGGUUCAUAAGAAGAAGGAGAUCGUGCAGGACGUAACACUCAACGACUUAGAUAUGGCCAAUGCACGGCCACAGGGCGGACAAGAUCUUAUGUCUAUGCUUGGGCAGUUGUCCAAACCAAAGAAAACCGAGGUUACUGAGAAACUCAGAGCCGAAAUUAACAAAGUCGUGAGCAGAUAUAUUGACCAAGGUGUUGCUGAAUUAAUUCCUGGUGUACUAUUCAUCGAUGAAGUGCACAUGCUCGACAUUGAAUGUUUUACCUACUUGAAUCGCGCGCUUGAGUCUCCGAUAGCCCCCAUCGUUAUUUUAGCUUCGAACAGGGGCAAUACUGUUAUCAAAGGCACAGGAGAUAUUACAGCUGCGCAUGGCAUCCCCCCCGAUCUUCUUGCCCGCCUUCUCAUAAUACCAACUCACCCAUACACACCUGACGAAAUCAAGACAAUUAUCCGACUUCGCACCAAGACAGAGGGUCUGAACAUCACAGAUCCUGCCUUGGAGAAAGUUUCCGAGCACGGUAGCAAAAUCAGCCUGCGCUAUGCUUUGCAGCUCCUCACCCCUGCUAGCAUCCUUGCGCGCGUCAACGGACGCCCAGGCGGCAUUGACGUUGCAGAUAUUGCUGAGUGCGAAGACCUGUUCAUUGACGCCAAGAGAAGCGCGACUAUUGUCAACCAAGAUAAUGGGAGCUUUCUGUCUUGA